AUGGUACUGGAAAGCUUUGUAAUGGUGAAAAAUAACUGCGAAAAAGCCCUGUAUGUCCAACAACAGUCAACAGGCCUGGAGUUCCCCGCAGGUCUCAUAGAUGAUAACGAAAGCCCAGAGGCAGCUGCUCUGCGGGAGCUGGAGGAAGAAACUGGCUACAAAGGUGACGUUGCUGAAUGGUCCCCAGCUGUAAGUAUGGAUCCAGGUUUGUCAAACUGUACCACACACAUCGUGACAGUAACUAUUAAUGGAGAUGAGGCUGAAAACGUGCGACCUAAGCCAAAGCCCGGAGAUGGAGAGUUUACGGAAGUAAUUUCCUUACCAAAGAACGAGCUGCUGAAGAGACUUGAAGCUCUGGUAGCUGAAGAAAAUCUGAUGGUGGACGCCAGGGUCUAUGCCUAUGCUCUGGCCCUGAAACAUGCAAAUACGAAGCCCUUCGAAGUGCCCUUCCUGAAAUUUUAAGGCCAGAGGACAACGGCCAUGUUUUUGUAAAUGAGGCCCCCAGUCCUCCUCCACUAAGACUUUGUAUUCAGCUUCGUUUAAUGUAGAUUUGAAAUGAGCUUUUUCAUAAAAUAAAGGCAACAAA